AAAGGAAUCGCGUAGCGUAGAGUGUCGCGAGAUGUCACGCGAGAGAAACCGCCCCGUGAUGCUUUGCGGCCUUCUCUUUGCAGUCGGCGCCUCCGGAGAAGGAUGGGUAUCUCCAGGGACAACUGGCACAAGCGCCGCAAGACUGGGGGGAAGAGGAAGCCCUACCAUAAGAAGAGGAAGUAUGAGUUGGGGCGACCCCCUGCCAAUACCAAAAUUGGCCCCAGGAGAAUUCACACAGUAAGAGUACGUGGUGGGAAUAAGAAAUACCGUGCUCUGCGCCUGGAUGUUGGAAACUUCUCUUGGGGGUCUGAAUGCUGUACCCGCAAAACAAGAAUCAUCGACGUGGUGUACAAUGCAUCCAACAACGAGCUGGUGCGCACAAAGACCCUGGUGAAAAACUGCAUUGUACUGAUUGACAGCACACCAUACAGACAGUGGUAUGAAGCCCACUACGCCUUGCCCCUUGGGCGUAAAAAGGGUGCCAAGCUGACUCCUGAGGAGGAAGAAAUCUUAAACAAGAAGCGUUCAAAGAAAAUUCAGAAGAAGUAUGAUGAGCGGAAAAAGAAUGCCAAGAUCAGUAGUCUUCUGGAGGAGCAAUUCCAGCAAGGAAAGUUACUUGCUUGCAUUGCCUCCAGGCCUGGACAGUGUGGCCGAGCAGAUGGCUACAUUCUGGAAGGCAAAGAACUAGAAUUCUACCUGAGGAAGAUCAAGGCCAGGAAAGGCAAAUGAACACUCGCUGGAGGGGCUCAAUAAAUAAUUCCAGAUUCUUGUUAUAAA